UAUAUAAAUCUUAUUUACAACCCGAGUUCAUCUGCAAAUUCUAAUACUGUCAAAACUGAUAAUAAUACUCUGGUUUGUUGUUUUAAGAAGAAUUUAAUUUAUUUUUCUCGAAUUCACGUCUUGAGUUGAUGGGCAAUAGAAUGUUAUAUUAGUUUAAUUUGAAUGACAGUAAUGUUUCGAGAAGCGGAGAAUCUUUAUAACCCACAAAUUUGCAAAAAAAUUUCUGGUUUCUGUGGCAAGAGGGUUAUGCGGAUAAGUUAGCACAUUAGAAUGCGAAAUGUUUCCUUCUAGCAGCCAGUUCAAACAUUGGAUAUUCCGUAACGAAGAAGAAAUUACCAGUUUACGAGAGGAAACUAAUAACAAACAUAUUCAAAUUUACGGUAGACAAAUUAAUGAAGCAUCAAAGUAUGACUUUUUCCUUACCCCUGACGAAGAAAAAGUUAUGGUCAAACGUUAUGAGUUGUACCUUAGAGAUUUUUGCAAACGUUUCCAGCCUCCAAUGCCAAGAUGUGUAAUAGGAACAGCAUUUCAUUAUUUCAAACGUUUCUAUGUUAAUAACUCAGUGAUGAAUUACCACCCAAAAGAAAUUAUGGUUACUUGUGUAUAUCUUUCAUGCAAAGUUGAGGAAUUUAAUGUUUCCAUGCAGCAGUUUGUUGCCAAUAUAAAAGGAGAUAGAGAAAAAGCCACAGAUAUCAUCCUAAACAAUGAACUGUUACUGAUGGCACAACUGAAGUUUCAUUUAGCCAUACACAACCCCUUUAGGCCAGUCGAAGGCUUACUUAUAGACAUUAAGACCAGAGGAUCACUCCACGAUCCAGAAAGGUUACGACCUGGAAUUGAUCAAUUUUUGGAAAGAGCCUUGCUCACAGAUGCAAUAUUGCUCUAUUCUCCCAGCCAGGUAGCUUUGGCUGCUAUUUUGCAUGCAGCCUCUAAAUUACAAGAGAAUCUUGAUUCUUAUGUGACUGAUAUUUUAUUUGGGGUUGGUGGUCGAGAUAAACUUGAAGUGUUAAUUGAUGCUGUGAGAGCUAUAAGAUCUAUGGUGAAAAUGGUAGAUGCAGCACCAGAUAAGAACCUGCAAAAAGUACUUGAUAAAAAAUUGGAGAAAUGCAGAAAUCCAGAGAACAACCCCGAUAGUGAAAUUUACAAAAAGAAAAUGCAAGCAAUGUUAGACGAAGAUGAUAUUUACUUCGCGAUCUCCUCGCAAAACCAAUCCAGGGACAAUUCAGCACUAAAUAUCAACCCACCUGCAUCACCGGAGUUUCCCUAGCUGCAGAUAAUUGUUAGUCUUUUAAGAUUUAGUUAAGUUAAAAACUUUUUUUUUGUAAAAUGUAAGGGACUAGUUUGUUGAUACUGUAAAUUCUCGCUUCUACAUUACGAACGUACUUUCAGUAGACUUACCGUUUUUGUUUUUAUAGAGUAGUCUACUGUCUAUGUCAACAGCAUUAUCACAAAUAAAUGCCGGUUUGUUAUAAAAA